GUUAUGUUAAUCUUAAACUAACAUGCUAUCAUCCCACUUCUGCACAAUAUUUAACAAAUAUGACUGCUGCUAUAAAGAAAGAUUCUGUAAUCUAUAUUAAUGGUGAACUCAUGAUAACCGAUAAUGAUAACAUAGUUCAUAUUCGUGCUGUUUCAUUUCCGGAAUACUAG